CCAAUCUCCACUGUCUAAGGAGAGAUCACACACACACUCUCUCACUCAGAUCACAUUUCACAUACAGUCCAACUCUUUCUCUCUCUCUCUCUCUCUCUCUCUCUCUCUCUUUCCAUUUUCUAUAACAUAAAUGCGAUCCAUUUCUCACAGUUUCCUUUCCGAAGCUACUUAAAAUCUUAGCACUCCCUCUCCCUCUAUUGUAUGCGUAUUUUAAAAGGAGCUCCAUUUAGAAUUAGACCGCCAUUUGAAUUCCCAAUAAGCUACAGUAAGAGGACUGGGAAGGAGAACCCUCUCUCCAUUUGGGGAAGUUUGCUUCGAACUGAAGGCUUUCUUCUGGCCCAUUUAAGCAAAGGGAAUGUGAGCACACUCACCCCCUAUAUUCGAGGCGGAGUUUGAUUGGAUCGGAUCCGAAACGGUGGAGAAAUGGAUCCGCCUGCGUUGAUGAACGAGGGCUCCUUUUCGAAUGCCAAUGCGACGUUUAAUAACCUGGUUGAGAUCUGGCCAUUCUCAAUGAAUGGCGGCGGAGAGCCUGGAGUUGGAUUAGGCUUGCGGAGACCGCUUUUUGGUCAGAAUUUGGCGUCGUAUGGUGACGUUUUGGGUGCCAAUAUCCGUGAGGUUUCGACUAAUGAUUCAAUGAGUUUGGACCAGAGAGGGAAUCAAGGUGACUGCGGUGGCGGUUCUAGGAAGCGGAGAGACGUUGAGGAUGAUUCGGUUAAUAAGGGGGUCUCCACGAGUAGUGUCAACGGCAAUGACAAUGGCAAUGGCUAUGAUUGUGAUGGAAAACGGCUUAAAACUUCAGGAGGAUGUAAAGAAGAGAAUGGUGAAUCCAAAACCGAAACAGAACCAAGUUCAGGCAAGCCUGGAGAGCAAAGUAGUCGGCUACCUGACCCGCCUAAACAGGACUACAUCCAUGUACGAGCAAGAAGGGGUCAAGCUACUGAUAGCCAUAGUCUUGCAGAAAGAGCUAGAAGAGAAAAGAUAAGUGAAAGGAUGAAAAUUCUCCAAGACUUGGUCCCCGGUUGUAAUAAGGUUAUCGGAAAGGCAUUGGUUCUGGAUGAGAUUAUUAAUUACAUCCAAUCAUUACAGCGUCAGGUUGAGUUCCUAUCAAUGAAGCUUGAAGCAGUGAAUUCAAGAAUGACACCUGAAAUUGAUGUGUUUCCUUCUAAAGAUAUCAAUUUGGCAUCACAGUUUGGACAACAAGCAUUUGAGGCUGCUGGUAUGGCAUUUAACUCACAACCUACAAGGGAGUUCAGCCGUGGUUCAUCACCGGAUUGGUUACACAUGCAGGUUGGUGGCGGUUUCGAAAGAACUACAUAGUCAAGAAGAUCCUCUUCAAAUGGUAAUAAAUGCAUUGAAAGACGAUGCAUCCUCCUGCUGUUGCUGUCAAAAAAGUAUGAUACCCCAUUACUUUAAAUCAAAAGAAAAAAAAUCUCAUUUUCUACUUCAGGCCAGGAGUUGUAUCAAUGAAGACUGGUAAAGUUAGAGACUGAAAUCUUUAUUUGUUCAAGUGGUGGAAAAUGAACCUUCAUCGCUUUAUAGCUCCUAGAUGGCUACACAUUCUUCUCCUCUUAUCAUAUGCCAAGCUUAUACUCGUUGGAAGGAUUAUUAUUCUUGUGAAAGAGAAAGUUUCUUGUUCUAGAUUUCUGAUGUUCACAAUACUAUGUAAACCUUAUUUUGACAUUGGAUUAUUAUAAAGCUGAUCCUCAAUUAAAUAAAUUUUCUAUUA